AUUUUCCAACAUACACUGAAAUUUGGUCUGUUGGUUCUAAUUUUAGCAGACAGUCUAUGGAUGACUGCUCCAUGCCUGCCUUAGUGAUUUUUGUUAUUUGAUUCCACUGUUUUAUGAGCAUGAAACUAAGUUCUUCUCACUGGUUUCCUUUUGGCAGGUCUGAAACUGCUCUGAUUCAAAACAUUGAUCAAAUAUAUAGGAAAACUUGUCAGUGGUGCGUUGUAAAGUUAUGACUUGUUUUUCUUUUUUAUGUCGUGGACGUAAAGAUUCAUCAAAAAACCAUUCUUUUGGGGUUGAUGAAGAGUUUGAUGUUCACAACGUAAAAUUUUACACAUACAAAGAAUUAAGAACCGCUACUGAAGAUUUUAGCCCAGUCAAUAAGAUUGGUGAAGGAGGUUUUGGUUCUGUCUAUAAGGGCCAGCUCAAAAAUGGAAAUAUCGCCGCCAUAAAGGUUCUUUCAGCCGAAUCAAGACAGGGAGUGAAAGAAUUCGUGACAGAGAUUAAGGUGAUCUCCGAAAUUGAGCAUGAAAAUUUAGUCAAGCUCUAUGGCUGUUGUGUGGAAGAUAAUCACAGAAUCUUAGUCUAUAACUACCUCGAGAAUAAUAGCCUUUCCCAGACUCUUCUCGGUAGUGGUCACAGUAAUAUCCAGUUUAAUUGGAAAACACGGUCCAAAAUAUGUAUCGGGAUUGCACGUGGGCUUGCUUUCCUUCAUGAGGAAGUAAAGCCUUACAUUGUUCAUAGAGAUAUCAAAGCAAGCAAUAUUCUUCUCGACAGGGACCUAACACCCAAAAUAUCAGAUUUCGGAUUGGCGAAGCUUAUUCCAGCAAACAUGACCCACGUUAGCACUCGUGUGGCAGGAACAAUAGGUUAUCUCGCACCGGAGUAUGCAGUAAGGGGGCAGCUGACGCGAAAAGCAGAUAUCUACGGUUUUGGCGUCCUCCUCAUAGAAAUAGUCACCGGGAGAUGCAACACAAAUACACGGCUGCCUGUAGGAGAACAAUAUCUCCUAGAACGGACAUGGGAACUUUACGAGCGAAGGGAGCUGGUUGCAUUGAUAGAUGCUUUGGUGAAUGGAGAUUUUGAUGCAGAGGAGGCUUGUAGGUACCUCAAGAUCGGUCUUCUUUGCACCCAAGAUGCUCCUAAGCUACGGCCAUCUAUGUCGUCGGUGGUCAAGAUGCUAACCGGUGAGAAAGAUGUCAAUGAGAAGAAGAUAACAAAACCCGGCUUGAUUUCCGAUUUUAUAGACCUCAAAGUGCGAAGCUCCAACAAAACGAAGUCGGAGCCGAAGAACACAUCUUAUAGCGCUUUCUCUAGCUCGGACAAAGACAAUUCGACCAUGUCCCCAGGAACUGCAACUAUGACCUUCAAUACUCCGUAUUACGACCGGAGCACUUAAACAUCAACGCGAACAAAAUGUCAACAAUUUAUUCAUUUUUAUAUUGUUUUUGUAUUUGUUUUUUUGAAGCCUUGCCAGUUUGUAAAUUGUACAACAGUGUUUGCUCUUUCUUGUACUUGUAAAAUAGCCGAACCCAAGCUCUUGUA